CAUUGAAACUAUUUCCAACCCAUAUUGUUUCCUCUCCUCUCCUCUCCUCUCCUCUCCUCUUCUCUUCUAGGUUUCCAAAAUCUUUAUAGGGUUUUUGAAUUAUCUUUACUCCUUUUUGACUUCUUGAUCCUCAUAAAAAGUCUACAUGUUUUUCUAGUAUUUUUCUUUGUUUUAUGUUCCUGUUACUGUUCAAUGAUCUUUGCUUGUAGCUUCAUUUUUACUACAUCUCUGUUGUUGUUAAUGUUCUUCUUUUAAGGUUCUAUAUUUAUGCGGUUCUGUUGAACGGAAGAAGCAAUAGCUUGCUGCCAGCUUCAUAUUCUAAUUUGGGAGAGUGUUUGGUGUUUGCUUUGUGUCAACAUUUUGUUCUUUGAAAGGGGUGAGUUGGAGUUACUUUUAUUAGCUUCUGAAUGUUCAUUUCAACUGAGGAAGAGCAGAUCUCUUUGCAUUUAGAGGAUCCAAAUGGGUCAUUGCAGUUGAAGUCAUCUCCAAUGGGAUCAAACCCUGAUUCUCUUGUUGGGUUGCCACCUGUUUCUGAUGUGUCUGAUUCUUCGCCACCCCUUCCUUCCAUUUACACUGAUGUCAAUGUUGUUCCUGAGCAUCAAAAGAACGAGCUUGAAAGAUCAAUAUCCAAUCUUGAAGGAGAAAUCUCACAAUUAAGGUUGAAGAAGAGGUCGUUGGAUGAGAAGAGAAGAGAAGCACUGAACCAGAUUUUGGACAUUAAAGGUAGUAUUAGAGUAUUUUGUCGAGUCAGAUCGUUUCAGUUGCCAGAUAGAAGAAUCCGUGAACCUAUAUUGAUAGGGUUGGAGAAGAUUGCCAUUAGAUCAGCUGGAAUCAAGAAAGAAUUCAGCUUUGAUAAGGUGUUUAAUCAAGAAGCUAGUCAAGAGGAUGUUUUUGUUGAGGUUGAACCGAUUCUUAGAUCUGCACUUGAUGGGCACAAUGUAUGUGUAUUGGCUUAUGGUCAGACUGGUACUGGAAAGACAUAUACAAUGGAUGGCACCGGUGACCAGCUUGGAAUUGUUCCUCGAGCUCUUGAAGAGCUUUUUCGUCAAGCCUCUUUUGAUAAUACAACUUCUGUUAGUUUUUCGAUGAGCAUGUUGGAGGUUUACAUGGGUAACCUCAGAGACCUACUAGCUCCAAAACCAGUGUGUAAAGCAUAUGAAACUGUUACAAAAUGCAAUCUCAACAUUCAAACAGAUUCAAAGGGAAUGGUAGAAGUAGAAGGCCUGACAGAGGUGCCCAUCCCAGAUUUUGCAAAAGCCCGAUGUUGGUACAACAAGGGAAGGCGAGUUAGAUCAACGUCAUGGACUAAUGUUAAUGAGGCAUCCAGCAGGUCACACUGCUUAACGAGGAUCACCAUUUUCCGCCAUUGGGAAGCUUUGGAAGCUAAACAAGAAGUAAGCAAAAUUUGGUUGGUUGAUCUUGGAGGCAGUGAGCGAGUUCUAAAAACAGGAGCCACAGGGCAAACACUCGAUGAGGGCAGAGCUAUUAAUCUCUCUCUUUCUGCAUUGGCUGAUGUUAUUGCAGCUUUAAGAAGAAAGAGAGGCCACGUUCCUUACAGAAAUAGCAAGUUAACUCAGAUUCUCAAAGACUCCUUGGGUGAUGGUUCAAAGGUGUUGAUGCUAGUUCAUGUAAGCCCUUGUGAAGAAGAUGUGGGUGAGACAAUUUGCUCCUUGAGCUUUGCAAAGCGAGCAAGAGGGAUAGAGUCUAACAGAGAGCUACCAGAGGACUUGAAAAAGCUAAGGGAGAAAAAAAUGGCACAGCUUGAGGAGGAGAUGCGAGAAGCUGAUGUUGAAUGUCAGAAAGUCAGGAAUCAAAUUCAAGGGGUUGAGUUCCUACUGAGUGAAAAGAAAAAGCUUUUGUCAACCACUUAUCAGCCUCUUGAAGCUGAAGAUGUGACCCCUUUGAGUCCUAAAGAAAAUCUCAAGGAAGCAGUUGCAACCCUGAAAGUAUCUGAUAAAAUCAUCAGAAGAAAUACAGGCAAUUCUCUCCCUCGGUUCAUGACGUCUACUGUAGCAAGUCGACAAAGACAAAGUGCAGCAGAAAGGGACAUUGGUACAAAGUCAAGAAGUUUGAGAACCAUGUCAAGAAGUUCAGCACUAUUCUCAGGUUCUCAAUCUCUUAGCUUAAUGGAUUCUCGUUUAAAAGUAAUCUUACGCAGUUCAAACAAAAAACCAAGACACACAGAAACAAAUGCCCAAGCCACAGAGAGUCCAAGAAGCACUAUCUUGGAUUCGAAGACAACUUCCAUGCCUCGAAGCAAGAUGGUCACUUCUUCAGAUCCAAACUUAAGAGUUAAACUCAGUCACCACCGAAGAAGGAUGUCUGAUUUUACCUAAUGGCGAAACAAUUUUGCUUGCCGAAAGGUGUGGUGUUAGUUUUCUUUGUCUUGCAUUGUUUUUUCUUGCUUUCACUUGGGGUUGGGGAUUAAUUGUUCAUGCUUUGAUAUGGUGGAGUUUUAGGAGUUUAUAUUCAAGUUUGUGAUGAUAAAGGGUUGAUUUUCUUAGGCAUGUUGGGAUCUGUAAAUUAUGGUUUUGGCUUGUUUACAUGAUCCCAUUAGAAAACAAUGGUUUGUUUAGGUAAAAUUUGUGACUGUUAACACUUCAUUAACAUGUUGCUGCUGUUGUAACCAAAAGGGUUUUUGUAACCAGUUAUUAGUAAAAGUUCUUGAAGAUUUCGGUCUUCUGGUGAGAUGAGUACAUGUAUUCAUGUACUAGAGGCUGUUCUGUA